AUGCGUGAUCGUUUUUCGGCUUCAAAUAUUGCUGUAUUAUCAAGUGUAUCAUCAAUAUCUCCACAAAAUAAGAAUGUCUUACACUAUGAUCUUUUAUUGCCUUUAGCAAUACAUAUUAAUUGUGACAAAAAUCAUUUAUUUAAUGAAAUACAAGUUCUUAGGCCAAUGUUAGUAAACAAAGAAUUAUCAAAUGUGUCUGAAUUAUACCAUGAAAUAAAGCCAUUACGAGAAGUAUUUCCCUAUAUGAUGUUAAUGGUUAAAGCAGCACUUACUAUUUCGGUAUUAUCUGUGACGUGUGAGCGUGUAUUCUCAAAGAUGAAGUUAAUCAAGACUCGUUUAAGAAACACUAUGGCAGAAGAACGAUUAAAUGAUCUCUGUAUUUUAUCGAUUGAACGUGAUUUUCAAGUGAAUUUUCAACAAGUUAUUGAUCAGUUCUCAGCUCAUCAUAAAAAUAGUAGAAUCAUGCUGCAUUAA